AUGUCUAGAAGGUACGAUUCACGUACUACGACCUUCUCUCCAGAAGGACGUUUAUAUCAAGUUGAGUAUGCACUUGAGGCUAUAAAUAAUGCUAGUCUUACUGUUGGUGUUUUAUGUAAUUCUGGUGUUGUACUUGUAGCUGAUAAACCUAUCAGUUCUAAACUUCUCGAUCCUGGAAAAAUCAAUGAAAAACUUUACAAACUUGAUUCACACAUUUUUUGUGCUGUUGCAGGACUUACAGCAGAUGCUAAUGUACUCAUUAACAUGUGCAAAUUGUAUGCUCAAAGACAUAGAUAUUCUUAUGGUGAACCACAAUCUAUAGAACAACAUAUUAUACAAAUCUGUGAUCUUAAACAAAGUUAUACACAAUUUGGUGGAUUAAGACCAUUUGGUGUAAGUUUUUUAUUUGGUGGUUGGGAUGAGAAUUUGGGAUUCCAAUUAUAUCAUACAGAUCCUUCUGGUAAUUAUUCAGGAUGGAAAGCUACAGCCAUUGGAAUGAAUAGUCAAUCAGCACAAUCUAUACUCAAACAAGAAUGGAAAGAAGAUUUAACAUUGGAACAAGCAAUAAAAUUAGCAAUUAGAGUAUUAACAAAAGCGAUGGAUUCUUCAACUCCUCAAGCAGAUAAAAUUGAAGUUGGAGUCUUAUCUAAAGGUGAAACUGGUGAAUUUGAACCCUUUGUUGAAAUGUUAAAUAAUGAACGAGUUGACACUCUAUUAAAAACUAUUGCACAAGAAGACACCAAUAAAUCCACCAAUACACAAUAA